AUGGACAAAAGCAAACAUUGCGCGUUCCACCAAAAGUUUUUCCACACCAUUGACGAAUGCGUAGUAGCAAAAGACCUACUGGAGAGAUUGGUCAGACAGGGGUUAUUGGACAAAUAUAUCAGUACUAGAAGUCGGAAGGAGGCAACCAAGGACAUCAACAAGCCGAGAUAUGACUCGGACCACAAAGAAAAAGGGACAUGGCGCGGCCCAAUCGAAACCCCUACCUCCAAAGGAGUCAUAAAUUACAUAUCAGGCAGCUUUGCAGCAGGAGGAGGACUCACCAACACAACACCAAACUUGGAUGAUCUAGUAGUAAUCUCGGUGCAUAUGGGAGAAUUGACCGUAAAGAAAGUUUUGCUCGAUCCGGGAAGCAGUGUCGAUGUCCUAUUCUAUUCCACAUUCAAAAAGAUGCAGCUAAGCGACAAGGCACUGCAACCAUCAUGA